AUGCACAUCAGAUCACACGGGCGCCAACAGCAGCAACCGCAAAUGAUUUACAUUUCCUCGUACAACUCUGUCUGGCUACUCUCUCCAGUCGACAUCGUCAACCAGGUGAAGCAAUUACUCAGCAAGAAGGAGUUCGAUCUCGCUCUCACUCUCGUGAAAAUGUCAGAUGAGUCGCCGAAAGAUCGCGAGGAGAGAGAGCGGAGCAUCAACAAGUUGUAUGCCUUUGAACUUUUCAAGCAGCGUUCAUUCAAAGAUGCCAUGGACCUCUUCCUUGAGUUGCACACUGAUCCCUCGCACGUCGCUGGUCUCUAUCCAAAUUUGUUGCCAGAAGAAUUUAGAAACCAAAUUCGAUAUCCCGGUGACCUACCUGUAUUGGAGGGUGUGGAUAUAGAAGGAGGUCUUCUCUGCCUCAUCGAGUAUCUAACAAAGAAACGACACGAUUUGAUAAAGAAAGAUGUGAAUCGUGAGGUGGCCACGACGACACUGGUCGAUGGGUCGGUCACUAUGAAGCCGAAGAAGCAGCUGCUGCAAAUUAUCGACACCACGUUACUCAAGUGCUACACGAAUGACGCCCUGGUUGGCUCGUUGCUGAGGCUGAAGGAGAACAACUGCCACCUGGAAGAAUGUGAACGAGUCCUCAAGGCUCACAACAAGCACGCCGAUCUCAUCACUCUGUACGAAAGGAAGGGACUGCAUACUAAAGGUCCGAAAAACAUAGAUCUGAUAUUUGAAUACUCAGAAUGGAUUCUCAAGAAAGAUCCACAAGAGGGCCUCAAGAUUUUUACGGAAGACCUGGAUGAAGUGCGUUCACUUCCACGCCUGCCAGUCUUCAACUUCCUGGAAAAGAUCAACCAGGAUGUCCUCUUUAAUUAUGUGGAGCACGUAGUUAACGAGUGGUCGGACACAACGAUGAAGUUGCACAACUACCUGUGCACGCAGUACAUCACUAAGACAUCUGCACUCUACUACGACUACAUCAACAACUUGCCUCCAGGAGUGAAGCCCACAUCAGCAGGCAGUGAGCCGGGGGAGUUGGGAGAGUUAAGGAGGAAGACGAUAAAAAUGCUGAACACAUCCAUGUAUUAUCAGGCCGAUCUGCUUUUGAAACAACUUCCACAAAAUAUUCUGCUGGAAGAGCGCGCCAUAUUGUGUGGCAGGCUUGGCAAGCACGAGGAAGUACUCAGCAUCUACGUUCUUCAGUUGCAAGAUUUCGCCGCUGCUGAAAGGUAUUGUGAAAACGUUUAUGAUGAGAAUGACGAAAGCUCGAAGCAGGUAUUUUUCGACCUUCUGAAAUAUUACCUGACACCUCCCCAGUCAUCGCCAACAUACGCAUCAACAUUGGAGCCAGCAGCAGCAGCAGUACCGGCCACUUCAUCCACACCAUCUGCAGUUCCCAACGUUGAAGCUGCCUUGCAUUUGGUUGAAACAUAUUCCUCCUAUCUCGAUAUUGUUAAGGUUUUAGAUUUAUUUCCGAAAGGAACUAAGUUAUUCACGAUGUUCAACUACAUCGAGAAAGUUUUGAGUGCAUUCCACGGUCAGGCUAGGCAUUCUCUUAUACAGAAAAAUCUCUUGAAAGCCGAACAUUUACUUGCCACUGAAAGUUACAUGAGGAUGAGGAAGAUGAGGGUAGAGAUGAAUGAAGAUAUCAACUGCAAAGUUUGCAACAAGAGGAUCGGAAACAGUGCAUUCGCCAGGUAUCCGAACGGCGUGAUAGUUCAUUGUGGCUGCAUAAAAGAUGUCAAGUCAUGUCCCAACUGA